AUGACAGAGAUGGAUGAUGAUUAUGGCAUACACAAGGCAAAAUUCCACCAUUGUGCAACAAAUCUAUCUCACAAACGUGGGGAUCCGACAAUUCAUCUACUCAGACAUUUAGAAACUUGCAUGCCUCAUCUAGCUGCUAUCACUGGUAAAGGAAAUGGACCAACUCAAAAAUUAUUUGCUUUAGGUAUAACUGAUUUGGACUGUGCAUUCGGUGGAGGUUUGACUACAAGUAUGACAAAGAGAAGGGUGGUGAUUGCAGAUAAUAUCUCGGACUGUUUGCUUAAUUGGGGUAUUGUGAACAAAGCCUCAACCAUUACAUUGGACAAUGCUUCCACAAAUGACGCACUCGUAAAAAGUUUGAGAGAUAGUUUUGCAGUCAAAGGAAAACUGUUUUUCACUGGACCAAAAGGAAAGAAAUUGGAUAGCUUCAACACCAAGAAGCAAGAAAGUAAAAAUUUCAAGAAGGCUACCAUCGUCCGAACAUGUCUCCACCAUCCGGAUGCACCUACAGGCUCAAGUUCCAAUGUUAAUAGUCGAAAAGGAGAAUUUCCACUAGUUCACCACCAUCUGGAUGCCAGUCACCAUCGUCUGAACGUUGCUAAACCGACUUGUUUUUGCUUCUCCACCAAGGUUGCUUCCUAUUGGAUCCUUCUACAACCAACUGCCACCCCAUGA